AUGAUUCAGGAGCUCAGCUAUAGAGCAGGUGACAAGAACAGGAAGGCAGAGAACAACCCACUAAAGGAGAUCACUGCAGACCAGCAACCCCAGGAGAACAACCCACUAAAGGAGAUCACUGCAGACCACCAACCCCAGGAGAACAACCCACUAAAGGAGAUCACUGCAGACCAGCAACCCCAGGAGAACAACCCACUAAAGGAGAUCACUGCAGACCAGCAACCCCAGGAGAACAACCCACUAAAGGAGAUCACUGCAGACCAGCAACCCCAGGAGAACAACCCACUAAAGGAGAUCACUGCAGACCAGCAACCCCAGGAGAACAACCCACUAAAGGAGAUCACUGAGAUCACUGCAGACCAGCAACCCCAGGAGAACAACACCCUAAAGGAGAUCACUGCAGACCAGCAACCCCAGGAGAACAACCCACUAAAGGAGAUCACUGCAGACCAGCAACCCCAGGAGAACAACCCACUAAAGGAGAUCACUGCAGACCAGCAACCCCAGGAGAACAACCCACUAAAGGAGAUCACUGCAGACCAGCAACCCCAGGAGAACAACCCACUAAAGGAGAUCACUGCAGACCAGCAACCCCAGGAGAACAACCCACUAAAGGAGAUCACUGCAGACCACCAACCCCAGGAGAACAACCCACUAAAGGAGAUCACUGCAGACCAGCAACCCCAGGAGAACAACCCACUAAAGGAGAUCACUGCAGACCACCAACCCCAGGAGAACAACCCACUAAAGGAGAUCACUGCAGACCACCAACCCCAGGAGAACAACACCCUAAAUGAGAUCACUGCAGACCAGCAACCCCAGGAGAACAACCCACUAAAGGAGAUCACUGCAGACCACCAACCCCAGGAGAACAACCCACUAAAGGAGAUCACUGCAGACCACCAACCCCAGGAGAACAACCCACUAAAGGAGAUCACUGCAGACCAGCAACCCCAGGAGAACAACCCACUAAAGGAGAUCACUGCAGACCAGCAACCCCAGGAGAACAACCCACUAAAGGAGAUCACUGCAGACCAGCAACCCCAGGAGAACAACCCACUAAAGGAGAUCACUGCAGACCAGCAACCCCAGGAGAACAACCCACUAAAGGAGAUCACUGCAGACCAGCAACCCCAGGAGAACAACCCACUAAAGGAGAUCACUGCAGACCACCAACCCCAGGAGAACAACCCACUAAAGGAGAUCACUGCAGACCAGCAACCCCAGGAGAACAACCCACUAAAGGAGAUCACUGCAGACCAGCAACCCCAGGAGAACAACCCACUAAAGGAGAUCACUGCAGACCAGCAACCCCAGGAGAACAACCCACUAAAGGAGAUCACUGAGAUCACUGCAGACCACCAACCCCAGGAGAACAACCCACUAAAGGAGAUCACUGCAGACCAGCAACCCCAGGAGAACAACCCACUAAAGGAGAUCACUGCAGACCAGCAACCCCAGGAGAACAACCCACUAAAGGAGAUCACUGCAGACCAGCAACCCCAGGAGAACAACCCACUAAAGGAGAUCACUGCAGACCAGCAACCCCAGGAGAACAACCCACUAAAGGAGAUCACUGCAGACCAGCAACCCCAGGAGAACAACCCACUAAAGGAGAUCACUGCAGACCACCAACCCCAGGAGAACAACACCCUAAAUGAGAUCACUGCAGACCACCAACCCCAGGAGAACAACACCCUAAAUGAGAUCACUGCAGACCACCAACCCCAAGAGAACAACACCCUAAAUGAGAUCACUGCAGAAUACACAGGUGUGGGGGAGACCAGGGAGAGUGACCAGAGCAGAUGGGCCCAUGGUGAGGAAGGGAGUCAUGCUGUAUACUCAGAGGGCAGGGUAGCUGGGGGACUGGGGCACAGGGGGAGUCCCUUUAAAGCGCUGUGUGUUGGUAUGGUGGCCGCUGGCAUUCUGAGCCCUGCAGUGGGCCCGUGA